GCGGUGCCACGGGCGGAGGCGGCGCCUCGCUGCGACACCGACACGCCAAGAUGGCGGCGCCCGCGGCCCGGCGGGGGAGCUGAUGGAGGGCGCGCGCAGGUACCAUAACCUUAAGAAUGCAGUCGGUUUAUCAAAGAGUUGGCCCGUGUUCCUCAUGUUUGAAGAGACAACUAAAUGGCUUUCUGGGAUUAAAUAAAUGGCAGAGAAGAGUGGUUCCUGCUUGUGUGAGAACGAUUUACAGUGAGACGGGGAAAUGGGAAAAAAAAUAUGGGUUGGAGACAAGAAAACGUGUUGAAAGUUGGUGGUUCCCAAGAAUAAAGGAUCAGUUCUGCAGAAUUUCAGAAACUGAUAAAUCAAGACCAAAAUUUUAUGUGCUUUCUAUGUUCCCAUAUCCUUCUGGGAAGCUUCACAUGGGCCACGUUCGUGUCUACACCAUCAGUGAUGCAGUAGCUCGGUUCCAGAAAAUGAGAGGGAUGCAGGUGAUAAAUCCAAUGGGAUGGGAUGCAUUUGGUUUACCAGCAGAAAAUGCUGCAGUUGAACAUGGCCUUCCCCCUGCAAGCUGGACACAAAGUAACAUUCAACACAUGAGGAAACAGUUUGAUGCACUAGGUCUGUCUUUUACAUGGGAAAGGGAGGUAACCACUUGCUUACCAGAGUACUACAAAUGGACACAAUAUCUCUUUCUUAAGCUUUUUGAAGCUGGGAUAGUGUAUCAAAAAGAGGCCUUGGUUAACUGGGAUCCAGUGGAUCAGACUGUUCUAGCUAAUGAGCAGGUGGAUGACAAUGGUUGCUCGUGGCGUUCAGGAGCAAAAGUGGAACAGAAAUACCUCAAACAGUGGUUUAUCAAGACAACUGCGUAUGCAAAGGCCAUGUUUGAUGCUUUAUCUGAUCUCCCUGAGUGGUAUGGUAUUAAAGAAAUGCAAGCAAAUUGGAUAGGUGACUGCGUUGGGUGCUCUCUUGACUUCUUGCUAAAGGUUAAUGGCAAGGUAACAGAAGAGAAGCUAGCAGCUUACACCUAUACACCUGAAGCCAUUUAUGGAACUUCCCAUUUAUAUAUCUUACCAACUCACAGACUGCUGCAUGGGAAUAGCAGUCUUAAGGAAGUCUUGCAGAGGGAGUUCAUCCCAGGGAAAGACUCACUUACUUCAGUGACAGCUGUGAAUUUGCUUACCAAUCAGGAGAUUCCUGUAGUCAUCUCAGCAAAAACCAGUUUUGAUAAUUAUCUUGAUACUAAAAUAGGAAUUCCUAGUACUAGUGCAGAAGAUGCUGCAGUAGCUAAGAAUCUGGGCAUUUCUUUCACUGAAGUCAUUGAGACAUUGCCAGAUGGUUCGGAGAAGGUCAUUAAUUCUGCAGAGAUCACCGGCAUGACUCGGCAGGAGGCUUUAAAAGCUAUUACUCAGCAGGCCAAAAAUAAAAGAAUAGGUGGAGACCUAACGAGUGACAAAUUGAGAGACUGGUUAAUAUCUCGACAGCGCUACUGGGGAACGCCCAUUCCAAUCAUUCACUGCCAGGCGUGCGGCGCUGUCCCCGUACCCUACGAGCACUUACCUGUGGUGCUGCCCAAUGUGACCACCUUCACAGGAAAGGGAGCCUCACCUUUGGAAAGCGCCUCAGAAUGGGUGAACUGUUCCUGUCCAAGAGAUAAUAAAUGGAAUCUGCAAAGACCAUUUUGUACAGACAAUCAGUGCAAGGCAGCAGCACGGCGGGAGGUCGAUACCAUGGAUACAUUUGUUGAUUCUGCUUGGUACUACCUGAGGUACACUGACCCUCACAACACCGACAGGCCCUUUAAUAGUGACUUAGCAGACUACUGGAUGCCUGUGGAUUUGUACAUCGGAGGAAAGGAGCAUGCAGUUAUGCACUUAUUCUAUGCAAGGUUCUUCAGCCAUUUUUGCCACGAUCUAAAGAUGACUAAACACAAGGAGCCUUUCCAUAAGCUCUUGGUUCAAGGUCUUAUCAAGAAUCAGACAUUCAGACUAACAACAACAGGCCAGUGUUUGAAGAGAGAGGAGGUUGAUCUCACUGGAAGUGAACCAGUUCACCUAAAAACUGGUGAGAAGCUCCAAGUUGCUUGGGAAAAAAUGAGCAAAUCUAAGUACAAUGGAAUAGACCCUGAGGAAAUAGUGAAAGAGUAUGGCAUCGACACCCUGCGCCUUUACAUUCUGUUUGCUGCUCCUCCAGAACAAGACAUUUUGUGGGAUGCUAAAACUGAUGCCAUGCCCGGCGUUCAGAGAUGGCAGGUGCGCCUCUGGGCACUUGUAACCAAACUCAUUGAAGCAAGGACUUCAGGAACCAUGCCCAAUCCUGAGCUUCUGAAUAAGAAAGAGAAGGCUGAAGCCAGAAAGAUCUGGGAGCAGAAGAAUCUGGUGAUUUCUGAGGUAACCGAGUACUUCACAAAGGAUCAUUUGUUCAAUGCAGCUAUUUCCCGAUUGAUGAGCCUCACAAAUGUACUCCAUCAUGCUCCUCGGCCUCUUGUUCUCCACAGCACAGAAUUUGAAGAUGCUUUGGCUUCGCUCUGCAUUAUGGUUGCGCCUAUGGCUCCCCACAUUGCGUCAGAGAUGUGGAAAGGUUUGGCACAUAUGCAGAAUAAACUUUGUACUCAUCAUCACUGGGAUGUUGAUGUUCUGCUUCAGUCCUGGCCCAAAGUAGACCCAGAUUACCUUCAGCCAUCAGAUGUUGUGGAGAUGUCUGUACUGAUCAAUAACAAAGCUUGUGGCAAAGUUUUUGUGCCUCAGCAAGCAGCCCGCAAUUUUGAAGAAGUCCAUGAGCUUGUUCUUCAGAGUGAACUUGGAGUCAAGCAUCUCCAGGGACGAGCCAUUAAAAAGGCCUUUCUGUCUCCCCGAACUGCCCUUAUCAACUUCUUAGUGCAAGAAUAGUAAAGGCUCUGCUGGGCUGCAGAAGGGAUCUGGAAUCUUUUGAGGUGGAGAGCAAUGCAAAAAGAGCAGUUGUGGUUAUUUCACUUCAUGUAAAGGUGGGAAAGAAAUUUUAUUAAAAUCAGGUUGCUGCUAAAUCUUCCUUUCAAUGUGGAGAAAUGUGCGGAAUUAAAGUUUCUCACUGAGUCA